AUCAUUCGAAAACCGAUCAAGUUAUACAGAUGGUUUUGCAGUUGUGGAUGUCAAAUAUUGUUCAUCUGGCUGUAACGCAGCAUUAUCUUAUAACCCUUUCUGUUCGGGCUCAAUAUCAUGUGCUUAACAGAGAGUUACGACAGGUGGUCGAAGAAAGCAGGGUGUUAAGUUUCCAACCUCGGAGAAGGGGUGGUUUUAUGACCAGAUGCUGUUCGUUGGCGGAUAAGGUGGAAAAUAUAGCCAAGGUCCAAAGCGAACUUCAGUCUAUUAUGAACCAGCUGGGGGAGAUAUUUGGAAUUGAAGGGCUGAUGUUGUCUGGUGGAUUCUACAUACUGUCAGUUGCAACCGUUUACUUCAUCUAUAGCAUCCUAAAAUGUGGCCACGAAAGUCUACAACUGAGUUUCAUUUCGAUGUUACUGUCGUUCACUUUAUGCUUCUUCAGCUUUCUUGAUGCAGGUAUAAAUCUCUUCAAUAUUCUUAACUUGUUAGACGAUCAUAAAAAAAUGGAACGCCUAUUGGAGGAGCGAACUGUAUUUGCCCAAACCUUGGAUGUUCGUCUUGAGCAAUCGUUCGAAAGCAUGCAACUGCAAUUGAUACGGAACCCAUUAAAAAUCGACAUAUUGAAGAUAUUCCAGAUCACUCGAAUCGCUAUUGCGGCCCUGGUUGGAUCUCUAAUACAACAUUCAAUAUUCCUCAUUCAAUUUGACAUGGAAUACUUUUGA